AACCUGCUUGAAAUGCAGCCGAGGAGCCGGGGCGGGAGGCAGCGGCGGCGGCGGCGGCGGCGGCGGGGGCAGCGGCAGCCCCGGCGCCGCGGCAAGGACUCGGUGGGCUGAGGCGAGGCGGCGGCACAGGGUGCGCGGGGCGCGGCGGCCGGAGCCCGGGGCCCGCGAUGGGCCGCCCCGAGCGGGGCGCGCUCCGGCCGCUGGCGCUGCUGCUGCUGCUGCUGCAGCUCCAGCAUCUCGCGGCGGCGGCAGCGGAUCCACUGCGCGGCGGCCAAGGGUCGGUCAAGGAGUGCGAAGAGAACCAGUUCCGGUGCCGAAACGAGCGCUGCAUCCCCUCCGUGUGGAGGUGCGACGAGGACGACGACUGCUCCGAUAACAGUGACGAGGACGACUGCCCCAAGAAGACCUGUGCAGACAGCGACUUCACCUGUAAUGACGGCCACUGCAUCCGAGAGCGGUGGAAGUGUGAUGGCGAGGAGGACUGUUCAGACGGCUCCGACGAGUCGGAGGCCACGUGCACCAAGCAGGUGUGUCCUGCAGAGAAGCUGAGCUGCGGACCCUCCAGCCACAAGUGUGUGCCGGCCUCGUGGCGCUGUGAUGGGGAGAAGGACUGUGAGAGCGGAGCGGAUGAGGCUGGAUGUGCCACAUUGUGCGCCCCGCACGAGUUCCAGUGCAGCAACCGCUCGUGCCUGGCCGCCGUGUUCGUGUGCGACGGCGACGACGACUGCGGCGACGGCAGCGACGAGCGCGGCUGCGCCGACCCGGCCUGCGGGCCCCGCGAGUUCCGCUGCGGCGGCGACGGCGGCGCCUGCAUCCCCGAGCGCUGGGUCUGCGACCGCCAGUUCGACUGCGAGGACCGCUCGGACGAGGCGGCCGAGCUGUGCGGCCGCGCGGGCCCCCGCGCCACGCCCGCGCCCGCCGCCUGCGCCGCCGCCGCCCAGUUCGCCUGCCGCAGCGGCGAGUGCGUGCACCUGGGCUGGCGCUGCGACGGCGACCGCGACUGCAAGGACAAGUCGGACGAGGCCGACUGCCCACUGGGCACCUGCCGUGGAGACGAGUUCCGGUGCGGGGAUGGGACUUGUGUGCCUGCCAUCAAGCGCUGCAACCAGGAGCAGGACUGUCCAGACGGGAGUGACGAAGCUGGCUGCCUGCAGGAGUCAACAUGUGAGGGUCCCCGCAGAUUUCAGUGUAAGAGUGGCGAGUGCGUGGACGGCAGGAAAGUGUGUGAUGCUCAGAGGGACUGCCGGGACUGGUCGGAUGAGCCUCUGAAAGAGUGUGGCCUGAACGAGUGUCUGCACAACAAUGGCGGCUGUUCCCACAUCUGCACCGACCUUAAGAUUGGCUUUGAGUGCACGUGCCCUGCAGGCUACCAGCUCCUGGACCAGAAGACCUGUGGCGACAUCGACGAGUGUGAGGACCCAGAUGCCUGCAGCCAGAUCUGUGUCAAUUACAAGGGCUACUUUAAAUGCGAGUGCCACCCUGGCUACGAGAUGGACACACUGACCAAGAACUGCAAGGCCGUCGCUGGCAGAAGCCCAUCCCUGAUCUUCACCAACCGGCACGAAGUGCGGAGGAUAGACCUGGUAAAGCGGGACUACUCACGGCUCAUCCCCAUGCUCAAGAACGUCGUGGCGCUGGACGUUGAAGUUGCCACCAAUCGCAUCUACUGGUGUGACCUCUCCUACCGCAAGAUCUACAGCGCCUACAUGGACAAAGCCAGCAACCCCGUGGAGCAGGAUGUCCUCAUUGACGAGCAGCUGCACUCUCCUGAGGGCCUGGCGGUGGACUGGGUCCACAAGCACAUCUACUGGACCGACUCCGGCAACAAGACCAUCUCUGUGGCCACAGUUGACGGCAAACGCCGAUGUACUCUCUUCAGCCGCAACCUCAGCGAACCCCGGGCCAUUGCCGUCGACCCCCUGCGAGGGUUCAUGUAUUGGUCUGACUGGGGGUUCCAGGCCAAGAUUGAGAAGUCCGGGCUCAACGGUGUGGGCCGGCAGACACUGGUGUCGGACGGUAUUGAGUGGCCCAACGGAAUCACCCUGGAUUUGCUGACCCAGCGCUUGUACUGGGUGGACUCCAAGCUGCACCAGCUCUCCAGCGUUGACGUCAGUGGAGGCAACAGGAAGAUGCUGAUCUCCUCCCCUGACUUCCUGAGCCACCCUUUCGGGAUAGCUGUGUUUGAGGACAAGGUGUUCUGGACAGACCUGGAGAAUGAGGCCAUUUUCAGUGCAAAUCGGCUCAAUGGCCUGGAAAUCUCCGUCCUAGCUGAGAACCUCAACAACCCACAUGAUAUCGUCAUCUUCCAUGAGCUGAAGCAGCCAAGAGCUGCAGAUGCCUGUGAGCUGAGUGCCCAGCCCAAUGGCGGCUGUGAGUACCUGUGCCUUCCUGCUCCUCAGACCUCCAGCCACUCCCCCAAGUACACAUGUGCCUGUCCUGACACAAUGUGGCUGGGCCCUGACAUGAAGAGGUGCUACCGAGCACCUCAGUCUACCUCAACUACGACGUUAGCCUCCACCACAGCGAGGACACUAGCCGACACCAGCAGAGCCCCUGGGACCACCACCCACAGCCCCACCUACCAGAACCACAGCGCAGGGACACCGAGCCUGGCCGCCGCGGCCCCAAGCUCAGUUAGCGUCCCCAGGGCUCCCGGCGUCAGCCCGUCCACCCCAAGCCCUGCAACCAGCAACCACUCCCAACACUAUGGGAAUGAAGGUGGAAAGAUGGGCUCCACAGUCACAGCUGCUGUCAUUGGGAUCAUCGUGCCCAUGGUGGUCAUAGCCCUGCUGUGCAUGAGUGGCUACCUGAUCUGGAGAAACUGGAAGCGGAAGAAUACCAAAAGCAUGAAUUUCGACAAUCCAGUGUACAGGAAAACUACCGAAGAAGAGGAGGAGGAUGAGCUGCACAUAGGGAGGACUGCUCAGAUUGGCCAUGUCUAUCCAGCAGCAAUCAGCAGCUUUGAUCACCCACUGUGGGCAGAGCCCUGUCUUGGGGAGACCAGAGAACUGGAAGACCCAGCCCCUGCCCUCAAGGAGCUUUUUGUCUUGCCGGGGGAACCAAGGUCACAGCCGCACCAACUCCCGAAGAACCCUCUUUCCGAGCUGCCUGUCGUCAAGUGCAAGCGAGUGGCAUUAAGCCUUGAAGAUGAUGGACUGCCCUGAGGAUGGGACCACUCCCUUCGUGCCUCAUGGAAUUCAGUCCCAUGCACUACACUCUGGAUGGUGUAUGCCUGGAUGGAAGGGUUUCUGUACUUGAGUCUGUGUGUGUGUGUGUGUGUGUGUAAUUUUUUUAAUUUAUGUUGCAGAAAGGUAACCACAAAGUUAUGAUGAACUGCAGACAUCCAAAGGAUGUGAGAGUUUUUAUAUGUAUAAUGUUUUAUACACUUUUUAACUGGUUGCACUACCCAUGAAGAAUUCAUGGAAUAGCUACUGCUGAGUGACUAACAUGAUGUACAUAACCAAAUGGGGCCGAUGGUACAGUAGCUUACUCAUCAUUUAAAAAUUUUAUUUACAGAGGGCUUUUGGUUUGGAGGGUCUUUUUUAGGUUUCAGAGUUAUGUUUUGUUUUUGUUUUUUUUGUAAAUAGAAUGAUAAUGCUUUGUGGCUAUCCAUCAACAUAAGUAAAAAGAAAAAAAAAAGAAGACACUUCAACUUCCUCUCCCAUUUAGGUUAUUUAUUAACAUAAUUCAAAACCAAGAUUAGCUCUGUAAGUAAUUUAUAGAUGUGAGAGUAUUUAUUUUUGGUAUGAUUGGCCCACUGUGUGGUCUCUGUGUGCAUUUAUGUUUCUGCGUGUACGUGAGUGAGAGAGAAAAAUCUGUAGAGAAGAGGCACACCUAUGGCUGUUGUUCAGUUACAUAAAGAUAAGUAUAUUUUAAAACAAUCCACAAGAGAGGGGUAUCUGUAGUUUUCAGAGAAGCCUUUGUAAAUUUGGCUCAGAAAAGAGAGAUCGUGAUUUGUGCAAACAUGCAGUGGAAGAGGUAGAGCUUUUCUGCCUCUGGCCACUCCUGGGACUCCAGCCAGUCAGAAAAGGGCCCCUCAGCUCACAAGGGGCUGCCGUAGCUCUCACCUGGGCUUUCUCUUCUGUGGCUAAAGCCAGUGUACAGACUUCACACCGUACCCAAAGUUCUCGCAAGCUCAGGUGAGAACAUUCCUGAACCUCAGCUACUCCUUGUUUUAAAGUCCAGCAUUUCAAGUAACUUCAUUUUCCUUCAGGACACCUGGAUUGAAUUCAUUGUUUUCUCUGAAGCAUACUGAGGGUGCCAUCCUUACUUAGAAAGAGCUAAGUGGAGAUGUUUUUAGAACCUCCCAAGUUUACUUUAGGGACUGGCUCAGACACUUACCUCUGAGUAUCCUAUGGGUGAGGAUAAGGACGGAGGAAUAGGUUUUGUUCAUCUCUAUUUCGCCCUUCCCCUUACUCUCUGCCACAUCCUUAAGGUGGGGAAAACAGUUUAAGGUGAUACAUAGGUUUGUUACCAUCAUGUGUCUACAUAGAUGAACUGCUAUUUGGCUUAAAGCAGAAAAGGUGGCCAAACUUAAAGUCCUGUUUGAGGAGGAAAUGGCAUACACAAUAUUAUAGUUUACUGGAUAUAUAUGUUCACACAGGAAUUUGGUUUACUGCUUUGUAAAUAAAAGGAAAACUCUGGGUAUAUGUAUAGAUUUUUUUUUCAUUGUGGACACUUAUUUUGCUUUUCCUGGGUCUUGGGGGAUGUGGGGAGAAGUGCACUUUUCUUUUUUGGGGUCUACCAUUGAAAAGAUAAUCUUACAGUCCCAGAAGGAAUUUAGUCCCCGUUGACUCUUAUCCAAGGUGUGGUCUUUUAUUAACUCAGAUGUUCUGCCACUUCAUACCCACUGGACAACCAGGGACAAGGUGUCACAUGGAAAUGUUUGGUGUAAGUAGGAGCGGAGGACAUGUACCUAACCUGAACAUACCUGGAACUUGACACUUUUAAGCAAAUUCCUCUCCUCCACUCUUGAGCUGCCUCUAACUCAAUGAAGCUUGGAUGUCUCACCAGCUUGAUACCCUCUGAAUUUGCAGGCAGUGAUUCUGGAGUUCUAUCACCCUCUUCCUAGGACCUUUCUCCACAUCACUCAUGGUCUUGGAACCUGGGUACUAAGCUUUGCAUAAACAAGCAGUUUCUUCAUGAUAUACAUGUGUGGAUAGUCCUGAAACAUUCAUCGAGAGGGUGCAUGCAACUGACAUAGAAUGACCAACACCAAACAGAAUUUUAAGAACAGAGGGACAACUCCUGUGGAGCCUAAUGACUUACUAUUCUUUCAGAAACGGGAAGUAAAAUUAUUUUUGACUGAAGAAAAAUGACGAAAGUAAAGACACUGAAAUUUACACAAAACAAGCAACUUUCCCUGUAACCUGCCUCCAAAGAAACAGAAUUUCUGGGGAAAUGAUAAUAGUGACUAAUGCAUAGUUUCUAAACUUUCAGUCAGAUCCUGGCCUUUGAAGAAAAGAAUAAUGAGUGGGGUCAGGAUGAUUCAGCCUGAAAUCUCAAAAUGAUGAUGAAACACAACUUUCUGGGAGGCAUCCAUGUUUCCUGUGACAUAAGAACCUAUGUGCUCAGUUGCUCAGUCGUGUCUGACUCUUUGCAGCCCCGUGGACUGUAGCCUGCCAGGGUCUUCUGCCCAUGCUUCCUGAUUAUGCUACCACUGUGGUUUGGAAGAGGCUGUUAUGGGAGCAACCUACAAAAAAAAAAAAAAACCUGUGGAAUACUCAUGUAUUGGAUGGCAUUAAAUAAGAUGAAGUCUGAGGAGUCAGGUCCAUCGUUCCCUAUUCUUGGAGGCAUUUUGAGGUGUAGUUGCACUUCUGUUGCCUUUUGCCCCUGUGUCAUCAUAUAUCUACAGCCAAUAAUGGAUCACAGAGUCAUUGGACUAUAGUGCUGGAGGGGCAUUUAGAGAUAAGGCCCAAAGGUUAGACAAUUUACCAGAUAUAUAUAUAUAUAAAAGAAACUAGUCCAAGGCCUUUUCCGCCCUUUCCUUUUCCAGGAGACUACUUUGGGCUGCCCGAACACUGUAUCAAACCUGCUACCUAUCUUAGGGCCUAUCUUUCUGGUGGAAUUUUGAAGGCCCUGGCAGAAAUGGUCUUCCAGAAACAGAGGAAACUAAAAUUUUAUUUAUUUAUUCUUGAGAGCAUGAUUAUUAAAUAGAUUGAGGUAAACUGUAACCUCAGAAUGAGAUUGGAUUUACAUUUAUAGCAAUAAGUAUGAUCCAUCCCUCCAGCUGUCUAUGUGAUUGCAAUAUGUAUAUUCAUCCACUGAAACUAUUUGCUAGGUAGCAACUAAGUGCCAGGUACUGCAGAUGUACAAGUCAAUCAAAUGCUUUCUGUCCUGAUGGAACUCACAGUAGCAAUUAGAGGAAGACAUAUGUGGAACAAACAAAAAAAAGAGUAGGUUUUUUUUUCUGUUUUGGAGUACUAUUAGGUUACAAAGGAGAGAGAGGUCAUUUCUACCUGAGGAGAUAAAGAAUGGGGUCAAGAAAGGCAUUGUAGGAAAAGUAGACCUAAGCUAAGUCUCAGAAAUGAAGUCGGGGUGUCCAGGCUGCUUCAGGCAGAAGACACUGAGCUGAGACACAGAAGCAUGAAAGAGCAUUUUAAGGAACUGAACGUAAUUUGUAAUGAGCAAAAGGCUCAAGGGAGACUUAGCAAGAAAUGAGGCUGGAUGGAAAGAUAGGUUCAAUGUAAGCACUUUAUAGAAUACUUCUAUUUAAUUUCUGAUUCAAUUAAUCAAAUUUUCUUGGUCAUUUACUGUGUGUAAGGUACCAAGUACAUCACGGAAAAUUGAUCAGGAUGUGUUGCAAGCACUUUGCAGACAUGACAGUCUUUACCCUCAAGCUUUCCUGUGGCCAAAGGAAAAUAGUGACUGCUUUUCAUAUAUUUGUGUCAGAGUUUUUUGACAUGGUCAAUGAAGACUGAUAUGAGGGCAGUGGGAUUUUCACAGAAUCAUUCCAUGUUGUCAAGAGCCUCUGGGACUUUCUCAACCAUGAAAAAGAAAACUGGAAAUUUUGGAAGACGUGGUGUCCGCAGAGGGGACCCCCAGCACUAUCCAGUCAGGUACUGGAAGGAAUGGGGAGAGGGCACAGGAAUGAGAGCCUCUCUACUCCUCUCCCUCAAUCCUGCUACACACUCAUCAUUUCACAAAACAGAAACGAGUUAUCAGUUCAGUGCUUCAGAGUAAAUCAUUUCUUUUCCUGGCAAUGCACAAAGAGUAUUGGAAUUUUCCCACUAUUUUUAGGAUAUUGAGGACUUUCAGGAUGUGGACAACUUUGAGGUGGAGGAAUUAACAGCUUCACAUUUUCAGUUAACAUAAGAAAUCAGGAAGCUUUGUUCAGGCUAUGCACCAUGUGCAUAGUUGAGAAUCAGCAGAAAUCCUCGCAUUUGCAAAUACUUUGUGCUAUAAAAAGUAAUUUUAAAAAGCCACCUGUAUAUGUGUGUGUAUAUAUAUAUAUUUAAAGACAUGAAGGUUUUGAUACUUUUUUACAAAAAUUACAAGAGAAAAUAUCUGUACAAACCAUGUGUUUUAAAUAGCAUUUUGUUCUAUACAAGCUGUUGUUGAUGUGAGGUGAAGUACUGGUUUGCAGACUCCAUCCCAUUGUACCCAAGUGAAUUUUCCUUGUUUGUCUUCCCCGAAUACCCCUAAAUGAUCGUAUUUGAUGUAACAGGCAUGUUAGAAUGUUGGGUCACACUAACCAUUUCUACUUUUUGUCUUGUCCUUCUGAGUUCCCUUAGCUUCUGUACUCAGUCCCCUUUGCAACCUGGAUUCUCUUCCAGAGGCAAGGGGUGAUGUGCUGCAUCUCACUAGUUGUACUGGCAUCAUCUUGGUGAACUAAAAACAAAUGUGGACAUUUGUAAACUUGGUGCACUGUUUCUAGAGAGAGAUUAAAUUCCUUUUAUUAAAUCUGAAA